CAGCAGGUAGACGGUCAAUGAAAGCCCAGGGGAGGGAGACUACGAGAGGCAGGCUUCGGGACUUCGCUUAAUGUACAGUGUCUUUUUCCAACUUUUCAAUGUUUUUUUAUGAAGACCAAUAACAGUGUUUUAAUGACUUGCGUUCCUUCGAUUCUACAUUUGUUCUACAUUUUCAGUAACUUCAGUAAAUUACUGGAGUUUAGCGUAUAUAUAUUUUUUCGGCAACCGCGGGAAGUUUCGUUUCAGAAUUGUUAUAAAUGUCAGACGUGGUACUCGGGAAAAGAUACAACUUUUUUGGAAGAUGGCAGGAAGAAAACUGGUUUUAGAUGCGUAACAACUUAAGCAGGCGAUAGACGUGAAUGCGUCGGCUGCAGAAAUGACACGUGAUUUCUACUGCUAAUUAAUUAACUAGUUAUAACAUGCUAUGUAAAUAAUGUCAACGGUUCCAUUGGAUUAGCUAGUUAAACAUGUCAAAAGUCCGGAAUGCUCCGUUGUCAACUUUAUGGUGGCAUUUUUGUCGAGAUUUAGUCGCUACAGAGCUUAUGAAAGUUGCUAUAGCAUUUCCGUCGUUGUUUACUGUAUGGUCGACUGUCAUCUUGGAAUCAGUCUUAUCAACAUCAAUUUGACUUUGUUCAUCUCGGUUUCUGAAGUUCAACAAACCUUGCCAUUCGUUUGAAACCUAUAGGGAUACAGUGCGUUGGGGAUAGCCUACAUUCACACAUCUAGCGUAAAGAAUAGUAGGGGGAAUUGCUUUUGAGGUACUUGUUGCAUCUGGAGUCCGUCAGCGAGAUUUUACCAAUUUUUUCCUUGCUCUGGAAAUGUGACAUGGAAUACCGGUAAAUUGGAUACACUUUUUAAACCAGACGUAACUGUAGCAUGUUUAUAGUGGGUUGGUCACAUAAUUAAUUAUCAACAUUGUUGCAAAAGAUUUUUGAAAUAUUGCCAGUGGUUGAAGAUUACAAGAGCCGGUGUUUUGGAAGUGUCCGGACUGAACCGACUGACAACUUCAACCUGCACAUUGAAAAUGAGGACUGGGCUACUGUUUAUCUCGUGUAAGGACUGGAGCUCGUGUUGUAUGUGAAGAGUGAAAUCAUUAACUUGUUUAAACUGGAACAAACUUUUAAAGCGGGGUAAGAAUUAAUCAGAAAUCCACAAGACAUGCAUCCACAAAGACAACAUGGCAGUCAGUGAGCCUUAAAACGUUGGAUUUAACCCUGUUUAUCGAAUAGUUUUCACGGGUUUUUACAUUUUAGAACCCACAAAGAGGAGGACCGUUGCUGGGCCAUAUAUUUCCUAAAUCAACUCCGGUUGUUGACAGCUUUGAAGUCCACGAUGUGCGGCCGGAGCCCGCCGCUGCAGCCGAUCCAAUGACCGUUCCCCAGCGGCGAUUGGCCGGGCUCUGGCCGUGGCUGCUCAUAGCGGCCCUGCAGGUGGUGUUCGGCCAGACGGGCCUGGAGCUGGCGGCGGCCGUAGAAACGGAGCGCUCGGCCCCAAGGGCUGUCAUCAAGGUGACACUGCUGAGACACGAGCCCACUGGGAAGCCCAUCACUCUGGAAGGGCUGUUCGUCGGAGGGAGCGCCGGUUCUGCAGAGGGGAAGCUCAUGCAGUCUCACCCUCUGUCCCUGUGCAACACCAGUGAAGAUGAGCGCCAGGAGUCUGACUUCAUCAGCAUCGUCAAGCUGGAAAGCCCGGAGCGCAAGGUGCCUCAGUGUCUGCCCCUGCUCAAAAAGGCUCGCCUGGCACUGGAGAGAGGUGCUCAGGCUGUCAUCUUCGAUGUCACCGACGACAACGACGCUGCUCUCGAGCUGCAUGAGUCUGACUCCCUGCCGCUUCCGGUGGUGCUGGUGAAGGCUGAGGAUGCUGAGGAGCUGAUGGGACUGGUUAACAAGAACGAGGAGGCUAGAGUCCGCAUCGACAUCAAAAAAGAGGACCCAAAAUGGCCCCACUAUGAUGUUGGUAUCUUGCUCACUAUAGUCCUGGCUAUUCUGGCCAUCGUUUUGAUCUUUGCCUUCCGGUACCGAUGCAAGUCCAACAGAACCUGGGACUCAGUCCAUCAGCAGACCAUGCGAGCCAUCAGUCGUCUGGAGACGCGAAUGUACAGCUCUCAGGGCUGCGGGGGCUCACAGCGCCACCGUGGGGGCUGGGGGUCUAAUAGCAGCUCCAACUCCAGCCCCGUCUGUGCCAUCUGUCUGGAGGAGUUCCUGGAUGGACAGGACCUGAGGAUCAUCUCGUGUGCUCAUGAGUUCCAUAAGGAGUGUGUGGACCCCUGGUUGCUGCAGCACCGCACCUGUCCUCUCUGCAUGCACAACAUCAUGGGUACAGAGCUGUCACGUCAGCCCCAGAGGAGCAGACUGCAGCAGACCCCCGAGCACAGCCAGGGUUUCCUGCACGCCCACCCCUACCCCCACGCCUUCCCCCAGCAUCCCAUCCCCUUCUCCAUGAGGCCUCACUACCCCCGUGGCCCCUCCGGCCCCUACCCCUCCCUGGGCCACUACAGCAGCUCCCCACCCCUGGACCCCCAGACCCUCCGCUUCCUCCCUAGCUGGCCUCUUGGCUCCGGCUGUGGAUACAUCCACCCUACAGAGGGCCCCGGGAGGCCUCACAAGGCCGGGAGCAGCUGCAGGACGGCAGGUCACCCUCUGGGGUCCCACUACGGCCCCGGGUCCCACCGCUCCUGUCACGCCUACCGCUCUGGCUGCCCCGCCCAGCGCAGCAACUCCAGUUCCAGGCUCCACCACACCCCCUCCUUUGCUCCCCGCGCUUCUGAAGGGGGGGCCCACAGCCGGGGGGGCGAGGGAGGCAGCUGCUCUGGGGGGAGCUACCGGACGGAGCGCAGUGGCUACCUGGCAGACGGGCCGGCCAGUGACUCCAGCUCUGGCCCCUGUCACGGUUCAUCCAGUGACUCGGUGCUCAACUGUACCGACGUGUCCCUGCAGGGUGUGUACGGUAGCUGGUCCACGUUCCGCAGCUCCUUGAGCAGUGACUAUGAUCCGUUUGUGUACUAUGGACCGGGUUUGGGACGGACAGGCCGCAGGGACAGCAUGGAGGCAGGGGCCCAGAGACCAAGGUCCCUGGACUCAGUGAUGAACAGAGACAGAGGACGAGGGAGCCCUGAGGAGCAGCCGCAGGCUGUGUUUAGCCACGUCCACUACCACCGCCACAGACACCACCACUAUGGAGAGGACGGGGAGCGGGAGCACGCCCAGGGACAGGGGCCAGGCAGGGGGUCAGACCAGGAGCAGGGGGCUGCUGUUGCUAUUGGCUCUGGUUCUGGUUCUCCCCCGGCUCUGGACAAGGACUUCCCAGUGUGCCCUCUGAAGCACAGCCCCUGUCAGUGCCCUAAGGCAGAACACACAGACAGUAGGGAGGCCCACUGCCACGGGAUAGAGGGCCAGGACCAUGAGCUUAGCCUCAGCCCCCCGUCAGGCCCCCUGCCUGUCCUGGUAGCACCAGCACCCUUAGUAGCCCCAGUCCCCUGCUGCCACCAGGACCACGGCCAUGGAGGCCACCCCCACCGGAGGGCAGACCGGCUCGGCGGCUGCGUCCUCGACGGCCCCUCGGUGCUCUUCCACCAGAGCCUGGAACUGCAGGACGACUGUAGCAUCCACAUUCACUACGGCCAGGGCCCCAGCUACUGCUGCCCCCCGCCUGACCUGCCUGUGCCUGUGCCUUUCAUUCUGGACUCUGGGGGCAUGGGGGCCCUAGGGGGCCUAGAGGACUGGCCCUGCUGUGGAGGGCCCCACCAUGUAGUGUGGCAGAAGCGGGUGCAGCAGGCCCACUCUGAGCCCCAGUUGCUGGGGCCAGGGCUGAGGGGCCCUAUGGACAGACCCCCACCCCCAUGCAGCAAGCGCCACCACGGUCACCACAGCCCAGCGCACGACCGCAACACAGACUUUUGUUUAUACUGCCAAACAUUACACAACAAUCAGGGAUCAGAGGAGGAGUCCGGUGUGUGAUAACUAACUAACUCGAAAGGUGCAUCCCCAAACUCACGCUGCUACGUACACAGGAGCCGGAAUGGACAAACAUGUUAUCGGCGGCCAUCUUUCUCAAGUCUUCCAAAUAAUUCCACAUGAAAUACCUGCAUUCAAACUACACUUCCCAGAAUCCCCCAGUCAGUGCUGAGUUACAUCUGUCAACAGAGAUCAAAAUGUGUUAGAUUAUGAUUAUUUUGAACAUUUGUUUCUUUUGACCAUCAAAUCAAUGAAAACACAAGUCAAGUAGAGACCUGAAAUUGCUCAUAUUCAUUGUUGAAUUCAAGUAUGUCAAUGUGUUUGAUUAGAUUUUUGUUGUCGCUAAGUGGUGUACUUGUUUCAAGAUGGAGACUGACUGGGAGAUGCUGGGAAAACAACUCCUACAUCACAAAGGGGAAAUUUGUUUUAUUCUCUUCUGCCUUGUUGUUGUUUUGUUUUGUAAAUUACACGAAGAAUUCAAUACCGACAUGAUAUUACAAGUUCCCAGUUUGACUUAUUGACCGCUAGGAAUUCUCACUGCUCAGGACUUGAGCCUCGAUUCACAGCACGAAACUCCCCUACUAUUUCUCUCAGUAGAAAUCACAUGGACAAAUUGGAUAUCUAAUUCCUUGAGUGGUUAAGUACUUAAUCGAUUAUAUUAUGAGGUACUACUCAGUAAUACGUGAUUUUCCCUCUUUACCCCCAUAGAUGCUCAGUUAGAGGUUUCUUGCUCUUUCCAGCCUGCCUCAAAUCAGAUUCAGAAAUGUGUUCCAGUGGCAUGGGUAUCGCAAAGGUACUCAGAGCUAUAGAAAAGAGCCUAGAAGCUUCUCUCUGGGCAACCUGCCCCAUUGGGGGAAAACAGUUAUUUUCUUAGCUGGCCUUACAAGCAGUGUGCAUCCUGAGAGGUCACUAGAGGCUAGCAUGGGGACUUGUGUUGGUUAAUUCAAUAAUGGCAGCUGCUUCCAUCACAUUUAGUUUGCUUUGUGUUUCGGUAAAAAAAUGUAGUCUGUAAUUUUGAACCAGAUUCACUGAAAUGUGUUAUUAUUACGAGCUAUUUUAGUUUUGCUCAUGUCAUUUCUCAUGUUGCCAGUGGUUACUUAUUAUGUUUGAUCUGAGUGCUGAUUUGGUGGCCAGUGAAGGAGGGAGGGGUCCACCAGACAGAUCUGGGUUCAAACUGUAUUUGACAUCUUUCAAAUACUGUAGCUGUGCUUGAUUAAGCUUGCCUGGCUCAAUGGGACCAAUGUAAUCUUCCCAAAAGUGCAAACCCCACCUAUCUGGCAUGUACUCCAGUCAGGCUAAAAUAUGCAAAUGCUCCAAGUAUGUGAACAAUUUCAAAUACUAUUUGAACCCUGGUAGGUCAGCCUUCAGAAAAUCACACAGUGUGAGUGAAACUUCGCUCGGCUCAGGAAGGACAUCCGCCAUGUCUCCUGCUCUUCACCCCUGACCUCUAAUCACAUGUCCUAGUACACGACCCAAUCAAUGUCGACCUGCAAGGAUAUUCUCUCCCUUCCAUUUCCCAAAUACCAGCAGCUAAAGCUCAGCAAGGGUGCUCUUAUCUUGGAACAUUGCAGCAAAAUAUGAUAUACAGUGCAUUCGGAAAGUAUUCAGACCCCUUGACUUUUUCCACAUUUUGUUACGUUACAGCCUUAUUCUAAAAUUGAUUAAAUAACAAUUGUUCCUCAUCAAUCUACACACAAUACCGCAU